UAUUGAUUCAGUACAAAUAGGACUAUAAAUUUAAGGUUAUGUUGAAGAUAAUGUCGGAGUUUGAUAUAAAACAGGGUUUGAGAGUGGUUUUGAGCAAACUAGAGGAAGCUAGCCAACGCAGAAAACCCGAGUUGCAAUGUAUUAAGCCGACUUUAGUUGCUGUAAGCAAAACAAAACCCGCCAGUUGCAUUAUAGAGGCCUACGAAGAGGGGCAAAGGCAUUUCGGGGAAAAUUACGUGAACGAACUGGUUGAAAAAGCAAAUAACCCCGACAUUCUGGAAAAAUGCAAGGACAUCAAAUGGCAUUUCAUUGGUCAUUUGCAAUCAAACAAAAUCAACAAAGUUUUGGCCUUGAAAAAUAUCCACAUGAUUGAGACGGUUGAUUCGCAAAAAUUGGCCACCAAUUUGAACAAAAGUUGGCCCAAUUUUGGCCCUCCAGACUCCAAGUUGAAAAUAUUUGUCCAAGUUAAUACCAGUGGAGAACAAGAAAAAAAUGGAAUUGAACCCAAGGAAGUUGGCAAUUUGGUGAAGUUUAUUCUAAGCGAUUGCAAAAAUUUGCAACUUCAUGGCCUGAUGACGAUUGGAAAGUACGGCUAUAACCCCGAGGAUGGCCCCAAUCCCGAUUUUCUUAAGCUGAAAAGUUGCAGGGAUGAUGUUUGUAGUAAUCUGGAGUUAGAUUGGAAAAGUGUCAACCUAUCCAUGGGCAUGUCGGACGAUUUUGAACAAGCUAUUGAAUUGGGUAGUACAUAUGUGCGGGUGGGAUCUAAAAUUUUCGGUUAUAGACCAAAGAAAAAUUAAGUGAUUUUAUAAAUUUAACAACAAACACAAUAAAAAUGUAUUGUAUAAUAUAUGAUUCUGUAUUUGUGUUAAAUCUUUAUUUUUGUUUAAAUAAAUAUAUUUUAAAUACAUUUUGUAUUGCAUUUA